GGGCCUGGCCGAGCACUUCCGCACGUCCAGCCCGCCCAAGGUGCGGCUCUGCGUGCACUGCCUGCAGGCCGUGCUGCCCCGCAAGCCCCCCGCCAGAAUGGAGGCCCGCACGCACCUCCAGCUCGGCUCCGUCCUCUACCACCACACCCGCAACGGCGACCAGGCCCGCGGGCACCUGGAGAAGGCGUGGCUGAUAUCCCAGCAGAUCCCCCAGUUUGAAGAUGUGAAGUUCGAGGCAGCCAGUUUGCUGUCGGAGCUCUACUGCCAGGAGAAUUCCGUGGACACGGCGAAGCCCCUGCUGCGAAAAGCCAUCCAGAUCUCCCAGCAGACUCCCUACUGGCACUGCCGCCUGCUCUUCCAGCUGGCACAACUCCACACCCUGGAGAAGGACUUGGUGUCUGCCUGUGACCUGCUGGGGGUGGGAGCAGAGUAUGCCAGGGUGGUGGGCUCCGAGUACACCAGAGCGUUGUUCCUGCUCAGCAAGGGGAUGCUGCUCCUGAUGGAGCGGAAGCUGCAGGAGGUUCACCCUCUGCUGACCCUGUGCGGGCAGAUCGUGGAGAACUGGCAGGGGAACCCCAUCCAGAAGGAAUCCCUGCGGGUGUUCUUCCUGGUCCUGCAGGUCACACACUACCUGGAUGCUGGGCAGGUGAAGAGUGUGAAGCCCUGCCUGAAGCAGCUCCAGCAGUGCAUCCAGACCAUCUCCACGCUCCACGACGACGAGAUCCUGCCCAGCAACCCCGCUGACCUCUUCCACUGGCUGCCCAAGGAGCACAUGUGUGUGCUGGUCUACCUGGUGACAGUGAUGCAUUCCAUGCAGGCAGGGUACCUGGAGAAGGCCCAGAAGUACACAGACAAAGCCCUCAUGCAGCUGGAGAAGCUAAAAAUGCUGGACUGCAGCCCCAUCCUGUCCUCAUUCCAAGUGAUUUUGUUGGAACACAUCAUCAUGUGCCGGCUGGUCACGGGACACAAAGCCACAGCCCUGCAGGAGAUCUCCCAGGUGUGCCAGCUGUGCCAGCAGUCACCCAGGCUCUUCUCCAACCACGCUGCCCAGCUCCACACGCUCCUGGGCCUCUACUGCAUCUCUGUUAACUGCAUGGACAACGCAGAAGCACAAUUCACUACAGCACUGAGGCUCACGACGCAUCAGGAGCUCUGGGCAUUUAUUGUCACCAACUUGGCCAGCGUGUACAUCCGGGAGGGCAACAGGCACCAGGAGCUCUACAGCCUAUUGGAAAGGAUAAAUCCAGACCACAAUUUCCCCGUGAGCUCCCACUGUCUCCGAGCUGCAGCUUUUUACAUCCGAGGGCUCUUCUCCUUCUUCCAGGGAAGAUACAACGAGGCAAAGCGGUUCCUGAGGGAGACCCUGAAGAUGUCCAAUGCAGAGGAUCUGAACCGGCUCACAGCCUGUUCCCUGGUGCUGCUGGGGCACAUCUUCUACGUGCUGGGCAACCACAGGGAAAGCAACAACAUGGUGGUCCCAGCCAUGCAGUUGGCCAGCAAGAUCCCAGACAUGUCUGUGCAGCUCUGGUCCUCAGCCCUGCUCAGAGACCUCAACAAGGCCUGUGGGAAUGCCAUGGAUGCUCACGAGGCAGCUCAGAUGCACCAGAACUUCUCCCAGCAGCUGCUCCAGGACCACAUCGAGGCCUGCAGCCUCCCUGAGCACAACCUGAUCACGUGGACAGAUGGACCCCCCCCCGUGCAGUUCCAGGCCCAGAACGGCCCCACCACCAGCCUGGCCAGCCUCCUGUGAACCACAGUAACUAUUCAGGACAAACCUCCACCAAACAAAGCCAAAAAACAAACAAACAAAAAAAAA